UUUCCCGCGGGAGUGCUGCGAAGGGCUGGGCGGCCUGGAGUACGGCCAGGUGGAUGUGACAGCCAUGGCGCGGCUCUUCGGCUACGUGGACGUGACUGACUCUGGCUUCAUUGCUGCUGUCCUCUCCAUCGCCUUCAACCCGCUCUUCUGGAAUGUGGUAGCCAGAUGGGAGCACAAAACGCGAGCGCUCAGCCGAGUCUUCGGCUCUCCACAUGCUGCCUGCUACUGCCUGGGUGCUGUUAUCCUGAUGCUUAACUGUGUGCGGAGCCAUUGCUUCACAGAAGCCAUGAAGAGCCAGCCGAAGCUGGAGGGCUUGGAGUGCCACUGGGCCUACUACUCGGGCUUGGCCAUCUUGGCUGUAGGGACCUUGUUUGUCAUCUCCAGCUUCUUAGCACUGGGAUUCACCGGGACGUUCCUAGGUGAUUACUUUGGCAUCCUGAUGGAGGCAAAAGUGACCAGCUUCCCCUUCAGCAUCCUGGAUAAUCCCAUGUACUGGGGCAGCACAGCCAUCUACCUGGGCUGGUCCCUCAUGCAUGCAAGCCCAGCUGGCCUUUUGCUGACAGCUGUAGUGGCAAUUUCCUACACAAUCGCAAUGCUGUAUGAGGGGCCUUUCACAGAGGAAAUAUAUCGGCAGAAACAGAAGGGAGCGAAGAACAAGUAACGACAGUGAGUGACUCGGAUACCUCGGCACAGCGUGCCUCUCCGGUCCCCACGCUGUCCAAUUUGCCCGUUUUCCUACUGAGAUGUAUCCUACUAAUUAGUCCAGCAACCCUUAAUGAGCCAACUGAGCACCCUGGAGUAUUGGAAUUGAUCAGAGGAAGAGCCUGAGCAUGGCGGGACCUCCUCACUGCAGCCCACGGGAGCUGGAGGUCCCUGUCCUCAGGUCCUUGUCCCCAUUGCCGGUCACUGUGGCUCCUGCCACGAAGGCAAUGCUUUCCCGGGAGCCACAUGGCACGGGACCUCCUGACCUCUUCUCCUGCACCUAUUAUUGGAGAUCUGCAGGGGAAAAAGCAACUCAGCUUCGGCCCCGGACUGGAGGGUAAGCAGAAUAACAAGGGAGACAGCGGGAGCCUUUCAUAAGUGAGCUCUGAGUACGGAGAAGCAUCAGAAGAUCAGCUCUGGCUGAUCUGGAAGAUAUCUGAAGAUGCUGCCAAAAAGCCAUGGGAAGCAAACAAAAGCUCGGGUGAAGCGGCGGAGGAGGCUCAGGAGCCCCUGGGGAAAACUGCUGCAAACUCAACCACAAAACCUGUUGCAAACCCAACAACAAACCCCCUCUUUUCUGGAAGAGGGAACCUCCCCAUCCAGAGCUGCGGUGUCCCACCCGUGCAGAGCCCUGUAGCAUCUCCGCACUAUUUGCAAAGGCUCCGAGAAAGGUGACUGAAAGCACAUAGAUACGAACCUAAAAUAUGAACGUAUGACCUAAACCACUGCCCGAGGGGGAUGGAGGGAUGGCAGGCGUCCCGUGGGGAAGCCCCACCAUGGCGAAGACCAAGAGGAAGAGUCAAUCCCCAGCCACACCCUGCAGAUACCCCAUCCCUAGCUGUGUCAGUGCCCCGGUCCCCUCCACACCCACCCAGACCCUCUUUUUCCCCGGGGGCCACGUGAGGGUCCUGCCUGCCUUCCCCACCACCCAGUGCCUUCCAGCUAUUUGUCACUGCCUUGCAGGGGCGGUGGGUG